AAUGCAACUCAGUGUUUACGGUGAGUCAGAGUGGAGAUGUUUGUUGUAGAGCGGUUCAGUGUAGAUUUUCAAUGUUGUAAAUUAUUUUUGUGAAUAAAUUAUUUAGCUAGUUUGUGUGUUUUUUCCAACUGCUGAAGAAUUGUUGAAUGUGUAGUUUGUGAAUAUAAUCAAGAAGUGUAAGAGAAAAUUUGGAUUAUUGAGCUUGCUUUGUAGUUUGUUUUGCGAGGACAAAUUCAUGGUUGUUCGUCCUUUUAAACACUUUACGCUUCCUUAAAAAUUCGGAGUCCCUUUUUUUUACAAUUUACAUGAAAUCUUUUUAGAGUGUUAAGUGAACAAUAAUGAUAGAAUAAUAUCCAGUGUUAUUUUAUCAAAACAAGAAUUCAAUGUUUUGUUAGGAAAAAGUGAACCAUUACUUUUAUAACCUGACUACGUAAGCAGAAUUGCAUUGAUGUGUCAAUGCUUCUUUGACUAAGUUAGAAAGCAAGGUUGUUUCUGACGUUUCAUUCUUUGUUGGAUAACUGUUAUCGUACCUUGUCAGUGGAGCUUUUUACACUUAGAUCAUCACAAUGUGGACUUCACAAAGUACUAAUUCAACCACUUCAAGUGCGACAACUCAAAAUUCGUCCAAUGCUAAAAAUUUACGCACUUUGGGAAUGACUUCUGCAAUUAGCGUGGCAGAACCAAAACCAAGCGAUAUUACAAGAACAAAUGAAUUAAAGGAAGCUCUUAAACCAUACAAUGUUUUUGAAUCUGAAGAAGAAUUAAAUCACAGAAUGGAAAUUUUAAGCAAAUUAAAUGCUUUAGUUAAGCAAUGGAUAAAAGAUAUUAGCAUUGCUCGCAAUAUGCCAAUAAAUUGCGCUGAACAAGUUGGAGGAAAAAUUUAUACAUUUGGAUCCUACAGGUUAGGUGUUCAUCACAAAGGAGCCGAUAUUGAUGCACUUUGUGUGGUACCACGACAUAUUAAUAGAACUGAUUAUUUUACAUCUUUCUUUGAUUUAUUAAAAGGUCAAUCAGAAGUAACAGAAUUAAGAGCUGUUGAAGAAGCAUUUGUACCAGUUAUUAAAAUGAAUUUCGAUGGAAUUGAAAUUGAUAUGCUGUUUGCUAAAUUGGAUCUGAAAAAAAUUCCCGAUACUAUGGAUCUUAGAGAUGAUACUCUUCUUAAAAAUCUCGAUCCAAAAUGCGUGAGAAGUCUUAAUGGAUGUCGAGUAACGGACGAGAUACUUCGUUUAGUACCUAAUAUAGAAAAUUUCCGUUUGGCAUUACGAGCUAUUAAAUUAUGGGCAAAAAAGCACGGAAUUUACAGUAAUGUAUUAGGAUAUCUCGGUGGUGUUUCAUGGGCAAUGUUGGUAGCACGUACAUGUCAAUUAUAUCCAAAUGCAGUUGCAGCAACAUUAAUAGAAAAAUUCUUUCUUGUAUUUUCACAAUGGACAUGGCCACAGCCAAUUCUUUUAAAGCAACCCGAUAAUGUUAAUUUGGGUUUUCCAGUAUGGGAUCCAAGAGUUAAUGUUGGCGAUAGAUAUCAUUUAAUGCCAAUAAUAACGCCUGCUUAUCCUCAGCAAAAUUCAACAUUUAAUGUUUCAAUGUCAACAAGAACAAUAAUGCAAGAUGCAUUUGAAAAUGGAUUAUCAUUGACUGAGGAUAUAAUAAUGGGCAGAGCAACAUGGGAAAAAUUAUUUGAACCGCCAAAUUUUUUCAGUAAAUAUAAACAUUAUGUUAUCUUACUUGCAAGCAGUUUACAAGCUGACGAUCAAUUGGAAUGGUGUGGUCUUGUUGAAUCGAGAAUUCGUCAUUUAAUUGGACAAUUAGAGAGACAUCCAGCAAUAACAUUGGCACACAUUAAUCCCGAAGCGUAUCCACCACUUGAACCUGAAAGCGAUAAACAAUGUUCAAUGUGGUUCAUUGGUUUGAGCUUUGCAAAAAGCGAAAAUUUAAAUGUUGAUCUCACAUACGACAUUCGAAAUUUUGUCGAUACGAUUUACCGACAAGCGGAUCAGAAUAAUUCAUUUAAAGAGGGAAUGCUUAUUGAAGCAAAACAUGUGAAGAGGAAGGAUUUAAGUACCUAUGUUCCUGGAGUGUUGCUUAAAAGGGAAAAGAAGCAGGUUUCCGGUUUGCAAAGAAACGGAAGUAUUGAUGGAAUCUCGCCUAGAAGUCAAGGUAUUCUUAACAGAAAGCGAUUGUCUGAUCAAAAUACUGAUAAUCUCAGCAAAAAAAGAAAAACACUCGAACCCGAACAGCAAAUAACACAGGGUGAAGAUGGAUCGUUGGUUGUGAAUUGCGGUGACGAUAGCAAUUCUGGAUUCAGUUUAGAUGAAUACAAGCAAAAUUUAACGUCUACAAAAGAUGAGGGACCUGCAGGUGGGUCUGCCGUGGCACAGGAAGGAUUUGUGUGCACUUGACCGCAACUUGAUAAAACAACUCAACGACGAACGAAGUCAUAUCCUUUGCUUACAUGUUUGGAACGUAAAGACUUCUCGCACAAUCAUCCACUGCCCACUGUGUAAGUUUUCAACAACAACUCAAUUUUUGGUGACGAUCAAAGUCAGUUAUAGUUAAUUAUUAAAAAAAAAAAAACAAAACAAAAAUAACAGAAUAACUAGAAAAGUCAGCAGCGAAUUUAUAAUUCCGUAAUAUUGACAAUUUAUUUGGAUGUUUCACUUGCAUCCAAAAAACAAAUCGCCUGCAUUAGACUUUUAUACUUUAAAGUUAUAAUUUCUGAAAAAAGUUUUUUUUUUGCAUUCAAUUGCAAUUCGUCAAGUAUGAGAGUUAUGAAUGUUUAAUUUCCACGGAAUAUAGAGACGUUGAAACAAAAAAAAAAGUGGUAUAGAGAUUAAAUGAAGGUAAUAGGAGAUAAAACAAAAAAAAAUUAAAAAAAAAAAAAAAUUGAAAAGAAAAAAAUAUUUAAAGGUUUUUAUAAGAACCUUCGAAAAAUAAUUCUAUGUAUGUAUUCGUGUAUUUCAUUUAAAGAUGACUUGUCAAAUUUGUAUAUUUGUUAUCCUAAGGAGAAGCAUCUUUAGAUGAAAUUAUUAUUUUUUUUUUAUUUUGCUCUCGAUUUUUUGUAUAUAAUUUAAAUUUAGCGUUUAUUUGCCAAAAUGAUUCUUCUUUUUUUUUCUCGCUUCGCGGUGUUUAGGACUAUUUGAACAAUGAUGUCUUUUGAUAAGAUAUUUCUGUCACUAAUUUUUCGGUAGAAUGUCCAUUUAAAGCACAUUUAUGCUUGCAACUAUAGCUCAUAUAUAUAUAUAUAUAUUCGCAUUAGGAUGCUGAGUCUUGUAUCAUUUGAGAUCAGCAGAAUUUCAAAAGUAGGCUUCUAUCUCAUAGGUCAAUUUAAUCAAUACAAUGUUAAGUCAAGUACUUUCAUUGAAUUUUUUUUUUUUUUUUUUUUUUUUUCUUUUUUUUCAAGGUAAAAAUUAUUUAGAAUUGCCAAAAAAAAGGAUUAAAAGUGAAAUAGUUUUUUCUUUUUUUGAUGUGGGAAAAAAAAGUUGGAUUCUUUAUAAAAAAAAAAAAAAAAUGUUAAAUGAACGGGUUUUUCAUUUAAUAUCGCGAUUAUGAUCAUAAAAAUAUAUAUUAAAAAUUCUUUUAUUUUUUGAAAAUCGCUGUUUUUUCUUUUUUGACAUUAAAAUUAAAAAAAAAGAAUUUUGUUUACUCAUUUACAAUUUGUUUAAUAAUUAUAGAUGAGAAUUUUGACUUUUUUUUGUAUAUUUCAAUCUCAUCAUUGUCAUAAGAUGACAUAUUGAUUAAAUUGUUUUUUUAACUUUCGAAAGAGGUGUGAAAUUUUUUUUUUGUUAAUUUGGGACAAAAGUCGAAAAUUAUAAUCGACGAAGCUAUAAAUCAAAAAUUAUAAAUUUUUUUGAUUUAGAGUUUCUUUAGAAUUUGACUUUUUUCCUCAGCGAAAUGAUGCAUUUUAGAUUUCUAAUAAAAAUGCCAAUGGCUUUUUAAAAAUUUUUUUUUCUUUUUUUAAAUAACAAUAUACUUUUGUUCUAAUUAAAAUUCUAAAAUUGAGUCGAAUAUAAAACACAUAAUGAAAAUAUGCUAAUCGCAGUAUUUGCUAGGCAAUUAUUUUUCUUCAUAUUAGUACAAUUUUUUUUCAGUUCAAAUGACGACAUAAAAAAUUGUCAUAGAGCCAAUAUUUAUCUGUUAUUAUUACGAUUAUUAUUAUUUUUUAUUAUUAUUAUUAUUAUUAUUAUUAGAAUUAUUAUAUUGUUUAAUUAUUAAAAGUGCUAGAUUGUUGUUAGUUUACUGAAGAAGAAUAGUGUCUACUAUGAAAGAUUAUAUAUAUUACUCUCUCGAUUCAGUGGAUCGUCUAUAACAAUAAAUCACAUUUGAUAUUGAUCCAAACGUACCAAUGAUUCGGAGGAAUUUUUCUCUGUUUUCUGUUUUUUUUUCAUAUUCUUUUUUUUUUUUUAAAGCAGUGACAACGAAAAAAUUUUGACGAACCACUUGUACGUUAUUUAAAAUCUAAGAAAUUCACACUUAUCCCAAAUCUAGAGACCUUGGUAUGUCGGUUUUUGUGAUUAAUGAUAUAGUGUAAUUUAUACUUUGAUGUUAUGAGAAAUUUGUAUAAAUCAAUAUUGAACAAUUAAUCGAUUCCAAGGAUUUUCAUAUACAAAUACAAAAAUGUACAAAAAAAAUUAUUUGAAUCGAUAAUGAUCAGUAAAAAAUUGUCUGCGAAAAAAAAAUUAAUAUUGUAGGGCACUAAAAAUGUAUGUAAAAAAACUAAAAAAAAAUAUAUCAGUCAAUUUAUUGAUGCAAGUAUAAAAUUUAGGACUUUACAUUAAACUUGGGGCAAAAUAUUUUUAGAAUUCGUUUUGAUUUUUUAAUUAAUAAUUGCAGAAAGAAUUUUUAAUAUUCAUUAUAAUAUAAAAAAAAACUGAUAGAAAUAACAUGCAUUUUUUUUAGAGAUAAUUUUUUUUUUUCACAAAAAAAUGAGAUUUAUAAUUUUUUCGUUUGUCAACGAAAAAUUUAUUAUUAUUAUUUUUUUUUUUUAAUAGUCAAAUAACAUUGUCUAACAGAAUUCUAAAAAUAUAUUGGCUUGAAAAAUUCAUUUUUUUUUUUAACAAAUUGACUAUUAAUGGCUGAUAGAUUUUAAAAAUUUUUUUUACCAAAUGAGUAUUGAUGGUUUACUGCGAAUACUAUUAUAAAUAUAUAUAUAUAAAAAAAAUAUUAUUAUUCCCUCAUUUUGAAAAUGAUCAGUGUGUGUAUAUAACCGGCGAUGCACGAGAAUCCUUAUUAUUUAUUAGUUAAAACUAGAUUAUAUGAUCUGAUAAUAUCUGUACUAUGUAUCUUUCUUCAAUAAAAAACAAUAAAUUUUCUUUUAUCACCUUCAUCAAAAA